AUGGCUGAAGGACAACCCGCCCAGGCACCCACUGCGGGUAGCCCUGAGAAUGACCAGACCGACGGUGCUGCUGGAAACUCGUCGCUCCAGGAACCUGCCUUCGAGGUCGAGGUUGAGCUCAGCGACCUCCAGAAGGACACUGACAACCCGUUGGGAUCGGUUGCCUCCUUCAAGGAUCUCGGUUUACCUCCUGCCGUCCUCCAGGGGCUCUUCGCCUUGAAUUUCCAGAAGCCUUCCAAGGUGCAGGAGAAGGCUCUGCCACUCAUGCUUGCGACCCCCCCGCGAAACAUGAUUGCUCAGUCUCAGUCUGGAACUGGCAAGACUGCUGCAUUCGUCACGACCGUCCUCUCCCGCGUCGACUUCAACAAGCCCGACAGCCCUCAAGCCCUCCUACUUGCCCCCAGCCGUGAGCUUGCUCGUCAGAUCGAGAGUGUCAUCGCGCAGAUUGGACAGUUCGUUCCCGACCUUGGAAUUGCUGCUGCUAUUCCCGGUGGUAUUCCUCGAGGCGAACACGUUAAGAAGGCUGUUGUCGUCGGUACCCCUGGAACGGUGAUGGACCUGAUUCGCCGACGCCAGUUUGAUGUCAGCCACCUGAAGGUUUUUGUUAUUGACGAGGCCGACAACAUGCUGGACCAGCAGGGUUUGGGAGACCAAUGCACUCGAGUGAAGACUAUGCUUCCUAAGGACAUCCAGAUUCUUCUCUUCUCUGCCACCUUCCCCGACAAGGUCAUGAAGUAUGCAACUGCUUUUGCUCCUAGUGCGAACAUGAUCAAGUUGAAAGUUCAGGACCUCACGGUGAAGGGUAUCUCGCAGAUGUACAUGGAUUGUCCUGGACAGUCCGACAAGUACGAGAUUCUCUGUAAGCUGUACGGACUGAUGAACAUUGGCUCGUCGAUCAUCUUUGUGAAGACCCGAGAGAGUGCGACCCGUAUUCAGCAGAGCAUGGUUCGAGACGGUCACAAAGUGUCGGUCCUCCACGGAGCGUACGAGGGUAGUGAACGCGACUCUCUGUUGGACGACUUCCGAACUGGCAAGUCCAAGGUUCUCAUCACGACCAACGUCCUCGCCCGCGGAAUCGACGUCUCCACGGUCUCAAUGGUUAUCAAUUAUGAUAUCCCGAUGAAAGGUAUGGGAGAUGCCACGCAUGACACUGAGACUUAUCUUCACCGUAUCGGUCGAACGGGUCGUUUUGGUCGCGUUGGUGUCAGCAUUACCUUCGUCUCGGACAAGAAGAGCUUCAUGGCUCUGCAGGCCAUCGCUCAAGAUCUUCAGAUUGACCUGGUCUCUCUGAGCCCCGAUGACUGGGAUGAGACCGAGAUGCAGGUCCAGCGGGUCAUCAAGUCCAGUCGUGCUCAGGCGAACUUCGUACCCAGCGCUGGAGCUUGA